CAAACAACUCUGCUCUGAACGCCGGGCGGUGUGAGGGCUUGGUUGUUUUUUUAAUAUAUAUCAAUUUCUUUCGUUAUUUUGCAAUUGCAUUAGAUGACCUAAAAUAGAAACGAGCCAUAUAUAUAUAUCUAUAUAUAAAAAGGGGGGCGAAGAAGCUCGCGAUGCAAGCUCGCCGUUCUGCAAAGAGGUCGAUUUUGGGCAGCCGGGUCUGUGCUCCGAGUCCGGCCGGGGAUGGGCAACUCGUUCCCGGGGUGAUCCAGGCGCUGAAAUGCCAAAGCAGCGAGUCCGGGGGGCGGUGCAACUUCUACACGGUGAUGCUGGAGGAUGGCAGCCUGAGGGAAUACCCAGAGGAGGAGAUUGUGGUGGUGGGACCCGGCUUCCAUAACCACGGCAGCAAAGUGCAGCUGAAAUGCAGGGAAAAGCUGAAUUGUAAUGGUCGAGACACAUCAUCAGCUGUGUCAUUGCAAGAUCAAAGCCAUACAGAGAACCACCAGAAGGUGUUGGAACAGCAGCUACCCCUAGUGAGGAAGAUUGAAGCUAUGAAAAUUCUGGAAACCAAAAAGAUCAGCUGGAUUCAGGAUCACGAGAAGGAUCACAUGCGCUCUGUUGUUGUUUCAGAUCAGAAAAGAAAAGUUGUUUCUUCAAACAUCGAUGUGCCCCGUACAAGGUGCCAAGUAAAGUUCUGAGACACAUUCAACAAAACUGAAACAGAAAGGACUUCCUUUGUGUUGCAGCUUUCACAACCCCCAGACAUCCCAAAGUACUUUACAGACAAG